AUGAACAAACAGGCGCUGGUGGCAGCCUACAUCUUCAUCAUCACCGUGGGAGGCGUGACCAACAAGUUGGCCUACCAGAUCAAGACCGAAGGGCUUCCUGAUUAUGGGCCUCACAACUUCCGCAAGCCCUGGUUUAUGGUCCUCCUGAUGUUCGUGGGCAUGACGAUGUCCUACCCGGUCUACUGGUUCAUGAGCGCGCAGCAGCAGAAGGUCGCCGGGCCACCGAAAAAGCAGGAGCCGUGGCGCGUUUACGCGUUGGUGUUUGUACCUGCGAUGCUCGAUUUGAUCGGCUCGGUGCUGUCCUUCACUGGCCUAGUCUACAUCGGCAACAGCACGGCGCUGAUGCUUGGCUCUACGAUCAUCCUCUUCGUGGCGGUGAACAGCUAUAUCUUCCUGGGCCGGCGUUUCAACGGCAUCCAGAUGUCGGGGAUGUUUGUGGUCUUCCUUGCGAUCAUGAUCAUCGGCAAGGCUGCGAGCCUCAGCGCGGAAGAGACUUCCUCCUCGAGCUCGGCCGCGGAACAGGGACUAGGCAUUUUCCUCUGCAUCCUGGCCCGCUUUGUCAACAGCAUCCAGUUUGUCGUCGAGGAGAAGAUGUUGGGAGACACCUCUCUGGAGCCUCUGCAGGUUGUCGGGACGGAAGGGAUCUACGGCCUCAUCGUCACUGCCUGCGUGAUCAUGCCCAUCGCAGCGUCCAUCCCGGGUGACGAUGUCGGCCACGUCUACGAGAACACUGCGGAUUCCGUCUUGAUGCUCCACAACUGGACACUGGAUUCGAUCCUCUUCCUCUACCUUCUCGGCCUUUGGGGACUGAACGCCCUUGGGAUGAUGGUCACGAAGCAUCUGGGUGGCGUGUUCCGGGCGGUCUCGACCAAUCUCCAGUCGCUGUUCGUCUGGCUGAUUGACCUCGGGCUCUUCUACGGAGUGGGCACCGGCUUUGGUUUCCCUGUUGGCGAGGCCUGGAAAGGACAAGGCAGUUGGCUGCAGGCGUUCGGCUUCGUUGUUUUGGUCUCCGGCACCCUCACGUACGCCUACGGCAAUUCGGUGCAGAGUGCCGCCAUCUCAAAGCUUCCCUCCAAGGCCCACAGCCUCAAGGAGGCGCUUCUCGAUGAGUUCUCGCCGCAGACGGUGAACGCACAUCUCUCGCGGGUUCGCGCGGGAAGCAUCGAUUCGUUCGCUUUCAUCAUGAACGAAGACGACAUGGAGAUCGAAGCGUUGUGA